AUGUCUAAUUACGAAGCAGGAAAAUUAUACGAGUCUGUCAUCGAGGAAGUCAUUACAGAUUCCAGACAAGAUUUUGAAGAUUGCGGUAUUGAUGAGUCCACAUUACAAGAAUUGAAAAGACUCUGGUGUGACAAAUUAAGCCAAUCGAAAGUAUGCUAUUUCAGCUGGGAUGAGGAAGACCCAGAGUUACAACAUCAUGUUCAGCAGAGCAUUAUGCAAGGAUCAAAUAUGAAAGAUGACCCGCUACAGUUGAAUACAGGGUUAGAACUACCAAACAUGUCGGCCUAUAAUACUACGAACAACUUGAUGCACAGCAAUGCUCUCGGCAACCAAAGUGCCAGUAACUUUUCUAUGGGCAUUGAGAUUCCAUCUGUUAAGCAGGAGUAUAGUGACGAAAAUGGAUUAAUCUUGCCCAAAGUUAAUCAAACCGAUGGCGCAUUCGAGUUUACAGUUGAAAUAGACAGCUCGAAGGCAAAAGAAACCAUGAACAAAUUGAAAAGUAUCAACUUAAAACAGACAGAUGGGGCAAGCAAUGAUGAUGAUGACGAUGACGACGAUAUUUUUAACGACUCGGAUGACAUAAACUCAGAUUUAGAUGACGAGUUGGACUCCGAGAAAUCAGAUGACGAGGAUGCCGAUCAAGAAGGACAAAUAAUGCUUUGUUUAUAUGACAAAGUUCAACGGGUAAAAAACAAGUGGAAGUGCAACCUCAAAGAAGGAAUUGCUAAUAUUGAAGGAAGAGACUUCGUUUUUCAAAGAGCGACAGGAGAAAGUGAAUGGUAA